CUCGCAGGCCCAGCAUGCUCUGCGGCCGCGGGCUGGCGCCAUGAAGGCCUACUUGGUGCCCCUUUCUGUCCUGGGCACCUUUGUGGGAGGAGCCGUCUUACUGAAGGAUAAUGUCACCGGCGGGACCUGUCCCAGCAAGGCAACGAUUAAAGGAAAGACCGUAGUCGUAACUGGGGCAAAUACCGGCAUCGGGAAAGAAACGGCUUUGGAACUUGCCAAGAGAGGAGGCCGGAUCAUCAUGGCCUGUCGGGAUAUGGGUAAAUGCGAGGCGGCAGCCAAAGAAAUCCGAGGAGAAACCCUCAGUCACAGUGUCUAUGCCCGAUACCUCGACCUCGCCUCCCUGAAAUCGGUCCGAGAGUUUGCCGAGAGGAUAAACCAAGAAGAGGAGCGGGUCGAUAUCCUGAUCAACAACGCCGCCGUAAUGAGGUGUCCGUAUUGGAAGACUGAAGAUGGCUUUGAGAUGCAGUUCGGCGUCAACCACUUGGGUCACUUUCUUUUAACAAAUCUGCUCUUGGAGAAAAUGAAAGCAUCCGAGAGCGCCCGGAUCAUUAACGUCUCUUCCUUGGCCCACGUGGCCGGGACGGUCGACUUCGAUGACUUGAACUGGGAGAAGAAGAAGUUUAACACCAAAGCGGCUUACUGCCAAAGUAAACUGGCCAAUGUGCUGUUUUCACGGGAAUUGGCUAGGCGACUGGAAGGAACGGGAGUGACCGCCAACUCCCUGCAUCCCGGGGUUGCCAAUACUGACCUGGGAAGGCACACGGGAAUGCACAACUCCAUGUUUUCCAGUGCCGUUCUAGGACCCCUGUUUUGGCUGUUGGUGAAAAGUCCCAGGCUGGCCGCACAGCCCAGCGUGUACCUCGCAGUAGCCGAGGAGCUGGAAGGAGUAUCGGGGAAGUAUUUCGAUUCAAUGAGAGAAAAAGAACCCGCUCCCCAAGCCCAAGACGAAGAGGUGGCGAAGAGGCUCUGGGUGACGAGCGCUCAACUGGUUGGCCUGGAAGAGACUCCGUCCCGCUCCCGUGGGGGAAAAACUGCCAGCGCGAAGCAGAAAUAGAGAUAAUGGAUCAAUCAAUCAUAUUUAUUGAGCGCUUACUGUGUGCAGAGCACUGUACUAAGCGCUUGGGAAGUCCAAGUUGGCAACAUAUAGAGACAGUCCCUACCCAACAGUGGGCUCACGGUCUAAAAGAGAUAAUGGAUCAUGCCAAGAGACCAGAUAGGCCAGAGCGCUUAGUACAGGGGUCUGCCCAGUAAGCGCUCGGGAAAUAUCUUUGAGGGACUGAUCAAACCCCCUAUGGUACUAAAUAAUAAAGAGCUGUAAAUCUGAAGCAUGGAUACUGCGCUGUCACUAAUGCGUUUGAAAAGGAGCCAGUGAAAGGAGGUUAAAAACAAAGUAAUUGCUUCACUCCAGAGAAGCAGGGUGACCUAGUGGAGCGAGGAUAGGCCCGGGAAGCAGAGGACCUGGGUUUUUAUCCCGGCUCUGCCACUUACCUGUUGCAUGACCUUGGGCAAGUCACGUCACUUCUCUGGGCCUCAGUCCUCUCAUCUGCAAACUGGGGUUGCAAAACUUCCUGCUUAGACGGUGAGCCGCACGUGGGACUUGAUGGGCCUUUAUCUACCACAGUGCUGAGAACGGUUUUUGACACAGAGGAAGCGCUUAACAAAUACCACAACUAUCAUCGUUAUCAUUAUUGACCGCUUCCAAAGGCAACAGACAAGCACAGUAAGCGAUUUAAACUUAUCUACAGACUUUAUUCCCGGAAGCCAACAUAUAUUCAGUACGGGUUCUGCUUACCAACAAUGUCAUCGGUUACAUCUCUUUUCACACUUUAGUUCCUUUCUAAAUGCGGAAGUUAAAUGAGCAGAAAACAAAUCCGUGAACAUGUUUGGAAAAGCCAACAGCAUAAACAGCCUAAACUGAAUUAGCUUUAUAACUCACUCUAGUUGUUAGAACGAUUACUGCUCGAUUUGAAUGUUACCGUAAAUGUGGAUAGCAGUUCGUGUGAUCUGUGGCGUUUGCUAGCAAGAUUUUCGAUGUUCUACUGUAUCCAGCGCUUAGCACAGUGCUUUGCGCAUAGUAAGUGCUAAAUAAAUGCCAUCGUUUAUUAUUAUUUUAUUACUAUAAGAGCGGAAGCCCGCAUCUCCAAAGAGGCAAAAAUGAUUUUCUGCAAUUUUUUUCACCUCACUAAUGCAAGGGCACACCAUCUUUAGACUGUAAAUGAAAGAAUACAGAUUUCUCUAUUUUCCAUGCCUUAUAAAGCCGCCCAUUUUAAAUGCUUACGGGUGUUUAUGCUCCCUACGGUCCGGAGAGCUGAGGGUCUCUUACCAAAGUGGUCUGUCACUGAAAUGUCAAAAUGCCUGUAAAUAAUAACCCAUUCACCCUGGAGAAAGGAGAGAAACACCUGCAAAGUUAGUAGACAUAAAUACCCUACAGCGCACAGACAAACACUUGGGCUAGAAUGUUUUCACGAGAAAGUUAUUCUGCCUUCAAGAACUUGAAUUUGGCAUUAUUCUUCAUGAGACGCUUUUGAAGAACUAGGAAGAGGGCCAAUUACUGCCGUAGAGUCGGAUUAAUUAUGUAGUUAGCUAAUUUGACCUACAAAGUAAAAGCAGCAGGGACUUCUACCAGUCGAAUGAGCAGGCUUACUGGCUACCUCUCCACCACUACAGCGGGCAGCCGGUAGCCCAGGGGACGUAUUGCCAUGUUAGAGGUAUCGCUUGGAUAAAAAGAGGUGCAAGUAUUCGGAUUGGAAGAGUAAAUUAGCCCAACACCCUGACUUUAGCUGGUCCAAAGGAAUCUGAUCUUUCUGACUGCCCUAAUGGUUUCCCUGAUCUCUCAAGGUGAAGACUCUUACCUACAGCGAAAGUCGCACUGAAAGGAAGAAAGCUGACGUGGAGACGGCGAGCUCACCGUGGGCAUGGAAAGCGGCUACCAACUCUUCUGCUGUGCUCUCCGAAGCACACCGUAAAUGCGAUUGCUUGAAUGAUCUGCAGAAAUGCCACGCAAUGUCCAGAAAUAAAACCCUCCCUCCCACCUUACCUGUGGUUUUAGGUGGGGGGUACUUCAUCCCUUCAGCAGGAUGAAGGAGCCACAGGGAGUGGAGCACCUGAACUUAGCUGUGGCCCUUCACACUGGAGAGAGCUGGAUUUCUACCCUUUUGAUCAACUGUCCCCUUAAUUCAGUCGGCCGGCAACCCUUGGAAUGCCAUUUUCCCCCCCGGCAGGGCUACAUUCGGUCCCCAUGUCACACCACGAAAGCCCGAAGGCGGAGCCUGAAAACUUACUAAAAGACUCGUAUUUGUGAUCCAGUUCUCGCCCUUGCUCCCUGGAGGAGGACUGGGAAAGACUACUUCCAUUCUGGCAUUUUUAAAUGCCAGAGGUUGCUCGGGAAGCUUUGAAAUCUGACACAUCACACCCUGGUAAAAAGGUAAGGAAGGGAGGCAUGUGUAUUUACCUGGCAACUGAGGAAAUUGGGGGCACCGAGAGGUCCUCGGGGAGUUGGAGGCUGUUUGCGGAAUAAUCCGGUUGUGAAGCGCAGCGACAUUGUAGUGUGUGGAGAGCAGUGGGGGAAAGCUGUACAAAUGAGACUUACCGCCUUAAAAAUGACACGUGUAGGAAAAUUAGACCUUAGUAUCUGAGUAAUAAGGGAAAGCACAAAUGUAUUUAAAUGGAAACGGGUUCCCCUGACCUCGGCCUAAGGAGCGACUCAAAGAUCAAGGGUUCUGAGAUAGGCCAGAACAGCCUGAGCCCCUGACCUUAA